GAUAACAAGCUGGGAGAAGUAGGGAUCAUCACUGAUUGAGGAGGCUCAGAUUUGAGAAGUCAUCGGACCUAGGUCACACAGCGAAAGAACCUGGGGCCUGCCCUUCCCCCCUCCAGGCCAUGACGAUUCUGCGAUUAAUCAUGCUGGCUCUGGUGACAGGGCGUGUAGGGGGAGAGACCAGGAUCAUCAAAGGGUACGAGUGCUCUCCUCAUUCCCAGCCCUGGCAGGUGGCUCUGUUCCAGAAGACACGGCUGCUCUGCGGGGCAACGCUCAUCGCUCCCAAAUGGCUCCUGACAGCAGCCCACUGCCGCAAGCCCCGAUACAUAGCUCACCUGGGGGAGCACAACCUCCAGCAGCGGGAUGGCUGUGAGCAGACCCGAAUAGCCACUGAGUCCUUCCCCCACCCAGACUUCAACAACAGCCUCCCCAACAAAGACCACCGCAAUGACAUCAUGCUGGUGAAGAUGGCGUCACCAGCCAUCAUCACCCGGGCCGUGCGACCCCUCGCCCUGUCGUCACGCUGUGUCACUCCUGGCACCCGCUGCCUCAUUUCUGGCUGGGGCACCACGUCCAGCCCUCAGUUGCACCUGCCUCAUACCUUGCGAUGCGCCAACAUCACCAUCAUCGAGCACAAGGAAUGUGAGAAUGCCUACCCCGGCAACAUCACAGACACCAUGGUGUGUGCCAGUGUUCGAGAAGAGGGCAAGGACUCCUGCCAGGGUGACUCUGGGGGCCCUCUGGUCUGUAAUGGAUCUCUUCAAGGCAUUAUCUCCUGGGGCCAGGAUCCAUGUGCUGUUGCCAGAAAGCCUGGUGUAUACACAAAGGUCUGCAAAUAUCUGAACUGGGUCCAGGAGACUAUGGAGAAAAAUUAGCAGGACCAGCUCACCACAGCCCAACACCGCCAACCCCUACUCGGUGAUGUGGUUCCUGUUCAUUCUGUUUAUAAUAAAGCAGCCUAAGCCAGGACCCCUUUAUAUACUUUGUCUGGAUCUCCUUGACUACAAGAGAUGCUGUAGCUUAAUAAUCAACUUGGGGUUUGGAAUUAGCAAAGCCUAGCUUCACAUCCUGCCUCGUACUGACUCGUGCCUCUGGGAAUGAUAACAGCUCUUUGGUUCACUGUUGUAUCUCUAGCCCCACGAUGGUUCCUGGCACUCACCAAGGUUUCA